AAAGUGUGUUUAAAGUCUGUGUAAGAGAGAAAGAUAUAGAAUGAUAUUUGUCCAAAGUCUGUGUGAGAGAGAAACGUAUAGAAUGAUAUUUGUCCUCUCUGUGCAUGCGUCAAAUACAUUAUGAAUGCCAUGCUAUCGGCUACAUUGGCGGGCUGUGUUCCGUAAAGAGUUGUAAAGAGUAUAUACACUCAUUAUCCACACUAAAUGUAACGUGUAUUUUAGACAAAUAUGCGCAUAUUAUUUUUUCGGAAUCCAACUACCGUUUAUCUCAGCGUUUAUAAAAAAUUACAAUAAUCAAGAAUGAUGAGUAGCAAAAUAAACAGAUAACGCUUAACUAUAAAAGGUAAUGGGCGGAUAUUACAGUGGUGACAUCAGGUGACAUAUGAGUAGUAGCCGUGCUUAAGGAUAGACGUUAUAUUUACAAUAAUUUAUGAUGACCCAAAAAACUGUGAAGUUCAAUAAUAGCAAUACUUAUCCCAUGUUGGGACUAGGGACGUGGAAGUCCAAACUUAACGAAGCGACACAAGCAGUAAAAGAUGCUAUCGAUGUUGGAUAUCGUCACAUUGAUUGUGCCCAUGCUUAUGAAAAUGAAGCAGAAGUUGGUGCAGCAAUAGCUGCAAAAAUAAAGGAAGGUGUUAUAAAGCGUGAGGACAUAUUUGUGACUAGUAAACUGUGGAAUACAUAUCAUCGAUCAGAGAGAGUUGAACCUGCUUUCAGAAAGACCUUGAGCAAUCUUGGUCUCCAAUAUCUUGACCUUUAUUUAAUACAUUCACCAAUGGCAUUCAAAGAUGGUGACAAAAUAUUUCCAACAGAUUCUGAUGGUAAUCUAUUAAUUGAGGAUACAGAUUAUUUAGAUACCUGGCAUGCCAUGGAAAGUCUUGUAGAAAAAAAUCUUGUGAAGAACAUAGGUGUGAGCAACUUUAAUUCUCAGCAAAUAGAGCGCGUGUUAUCCAACUGUAAAAUAAAGCCAGUGACAAAUCAAGUUGAAUGUCAUCCAUAUUUAAAUCAACAAAAAUUGUCUGACUUUUGUAAAACCAAAGGGAUCACGAUCACCGCUUACAGUUCUUUUGGAGCUCCUGAUAGACCUAAUGCUGAUAAAAACGAACCAUUGAUAUUAGAAGACGCGAAAAUUAAAAAAAUUGCUGCCAAGUAUAAAAAAAGUGCUGCUCAGAUUAUACUGCGACAUCAAAUACAGUGGGGACAUUUGGUGAUCCCUAAGUCGGUAACAAAAUCAAGGAUACAGGAAAACUUUGACAUCUUCGAUUUCGAGAUAAAUGCCGAAGAUAUGAAUGCACUAAACGAUUUAAAUUGCAACAGAAGAUAUACAUCUUCAUUUGGACCUAAACACCACAAAUACUAUCCGCUUCAGAUAGAGUUCUAAUACUGCGAUAUCCGCGCCAUCCAUACUCAAUCUGCGGCUCCUACAAUACUAAUGUACAAAAGAAAUAAAGAAAUAUAUAUUCUUUAAUUUUA